AUGUCGUACGAAACCUAUGCAGAAUUGAAACAACUAGUCUUACCUCACCUGCAACCAAUUGGAACCAACUACAGAGAAGCUAUAUCUGGAGAGCAGAAGCUCGUCCUUACACUCAGAUGUCUCGCAACUGGUUCAUCAUUUGCCUCGAUGACUGUACCCUUCCAUAUGUCCAACACUUCGAUAGCUCGGCAUGUACUAGCAACCUGUGAGGUCCUAUGGAAAGUACUUCAGCCUACCGAAAUGCCCAUUCCAAAUGAAGACAAGUGGAAAAGUUUGGCAAAAAGAUUUGGAGAUUUGUGGGAUUAUCCAUUUGCUAUAGGCAGUCUUGAUGGUAAACACGUGGCAUUGGUUAACCCGAUGAACAGCGAAUCACUUUUCUACAAUUACAAAGGGUAUCCCAGUAUUGUGCUUUUGGCACUCAGUGAUGCUGAUUCGUGUUUUACAUUAGUAGACUGUGGACAGUACGGACGAGUGAGUGAUGCAGGUGUAUUCCAGGCCUCAAGAAUAAGCCAGCUUCUUGACCAGGAGAGGUUGAUCAUACCGGAUGAGUCUUUCAUGGUCAGUACCACAGAGAAACGGAUACCGUUUCAGGUUGUUGGAGAUGAAGCCUUUCCAUUGAAAAAAAACCUCAUGAAGCCAUAUGCAGCCAGAACGCUUGACACAAUUAAGCGGAUUUACAAUUAUCGGCACUGUAGAGCUAGACGUCCAGUUGAGUGCACUUUUGGCAUAUUGGCAAAGAAGUUUGAGAUUUUUCAACGCCCUAUGCGCCUACAACCAGACAGAGCAAUUACAGUCACUAAUGCAUGUACUAUUCUGCACAAUUUCAUCCGUAGAAGAGAUGGACAUAUGAUAGAUCGGACAUCAGAAAUUAACUAUGAAAUCAGGCCUAACAAUGAACAAGGAUUGAUGAAUCUGCGCCCUCAGCAGGGUGGCAGAAACUCAGAUGAGGCCACAGAAAUACGUGAUCUGAUUGCUGCAUUUUUCAACGAUCCUCGCGGCAGUGUCAUGUGGCAAGAUCAGAAUGUGUUCCGAAAUGUCCUUCUUCUCGAGGACUAGAAAGUCAAAACAAUUUGAAACUAUUUGCAAGCAAAACACUGUUCAUAAA